GAAGACGCGGGGCCGAGCGGGGCCGAGCGCGGCGGGCGGGCGGAGCUAUACGGACUUUCAAUCAUCUAUUGAACCCAACCUGGUGGAGGGGGGAAAAAAAAAAGAAAAGAAAAGAGGAGAAAAAAAAAAAAAACAGAAAAGAUAAGCAUCACACCAAAAGCGAUUACCGUACAGUGGAGGGGUUUGCGCUUAGAUUUUUACAAGUCUCAUAUGAAGAAGAAAAAUGAGACUCAGGUCUCAAAAAACGGUUACAGCUUUUUCGGAGACGCCGAGGAGUAACCGCCGCCGGUCCAUCAAAGCGACGCCGAGACAUAGGCGCCUAUCGGUGACCGAAAGCCCGCUUCAAACCAAGGUUGAAAAGACUUUGGGUAAUGACUCCCACCACUCAGAUGAUGAAGUUCCCACAAUGACGAGGCGACCGCUGCCUCGUGGCCGGGCAAGGAAGAGAGCCAUCGCUGUUGACGAUGGAGAAACGGAUCUGGCAUUCAAGACUCCGAUCAGGUCCAUCAUGCGCCAUGAGCGCAUACUGUCAGAGAUGGACCCAGUGUCUCCUUGCAACUCGACAGCCAGAAACAUCUACUCACCCAUCGUGCGUUUCCUCACACCCAGCAAAGAGAAUAUGAAGUGUGCAGGUACUGGAAACAACGUGUUGAUGAGCCCAGAACAAGGGGUAUUUGGUUAUGGCUCCAUUGACCUUCUGGCCGGAGACGAGGAUGAUGACGUCUUCAGUCCAUUUACCUUCAUCAAGAACAUACCGUCACAGUCUCAGCAUUCUCAACCCCAAGUCAGAGACAUUCCCCCCAAGACCAGGAGCACUCCAGAAGCCACACUGGUGGUCGACCUGGAGGAGACCCUGAUGUUCAGCUCUCUGAACGUGAUUGAGGACGCAGAGUUCACCUUCAACACAGCUUUCCAGGACCAUCAGUACAAGGUGCACAUGAUCCUACGACCACAUUUGAAAGAGUUUCUGCAGUCCAUGGCAAAAAUCUAUGAGACAUCGUCUGUACCAGGAAGACUGUGCCUGCAUCCUCGGCCACUACAUCAAAGAUCUCGGCAUCCUAGGGAGGGAACUCGCCAAGACAGUGGUUCUGGACAAUGCACCACACACAUACCCAUACCAUCUGAUGAACACGAUUCCCAUCAAGAGCUGGUCCGGGGGGUCAGAGGACCGAGAACUCCAGAAACUUAUCCCUUACAUGGAGAAACUGUCUGCAGCGGAGGAUUUUCGGGAGGUGCUGAAGAAGAGGAAGGAUCACUUCCACAGGCUGCUGUCAGAGGACUGACAGGGCUGUCCCCCUCACCCCUCACUUUAACUACCUUACAUGACUUUCACAGCUCAUGUUUGCUUUCCUUUUUGCUUUGGCUAAAAAAGCAGAGUCCUGUCGGAAUUGGCUAACCUGAGGCCCGUUGUGUUUUGCUGGACCUGCUCGCCCUCCUCCGUCCUCCUUGACGACUUAAAAGGACGGCAGAUCGGUAUUUCAAACAUGCUGCCGGUCGUUCAAGACUCAUUCCACAGGGGAAUAAAGUGCUGUCCAGCGUUUGUGUGUAUUUACGUGACAGAACUUUAAAUAUGUUGUUUAUAGUCAUAAUUUUUAAUUUAUUGAUUAUAUUGCUAAUCAACAUCUGUUAACUGUGUAUAUUUUAGAUAUGCCUUUUUUAAUGCAAUAAAAUUACCCUAAUAAUAAAUGGGGAAAAAUAAA